AUGGGAGUAGUGGGGUGCAUGGAGUGUGGCUCUGUCCACAGAAACACAGCACAGUAUGCGCUGCAUAUAAAAGCCACCAACCACAGAAAAAUAGAAGAUGGCCUGUGGUAUGUGAGCAGGAUAGGCCGAAACGAAGGAGUGUUUUUUCAAGCUCUGGUGCAAGAGAUCGACUGGGCUCCCUCCUAUUACGUAGAAGAAAAUGAGAUUGAGACUAUUUUGCACGUAUACGUUUCUGAGUCUGAAAAUAUUUCUCUAAUAACUGACAGAAAGUGUGUUAAUAGAAAACAGAGCUUUGAUUAUUUUGAUGCUGAGCUGUCGAUAUAUACGGUGCAUCUAAUGUUCAAUUUGUAUAACGAAAAAGACACCAGUGCAAAAAAAUGA